AGGAGUUGUAGUGUACACUGAAGCCUGACGGACGCGGGCACGGACAGACAGACGUUUAGAGACGGGUGGUGAAGCCGUUAGAAAUGCAAAGGGUUCGGUGUGGAGUGAUGAUGAUGGAACAGCUGUAACUGCUCCCUCGUAGUAGCUCAGGAAGCUGAUAUUCGAUCUGAAACCUCAGUUUGGAGCACAGCCGGUCCAGAAUGUUCAACAGCAGUAAAAGGGUUUGAGAAUCGAUGGUGUGUGCGCUGCGGUCAUGGCGAGUGUUUCGGAGUUCUACGCAGGGAAGUGUGUGUUGAUCACCGGGGCGACGGGCUUCAUGGGGAAGGUGUUGGUGGAGAAGCUUCUGCGUUCCUGUCCCGAGGUUAAAGCUCUGUACCUGCUGAUUCGCACCAAACAGGGCCAGAGCUCACAGCAGAGGAUCCACACCAUGCUGCAGAGCAAGCUGUUUGACCGGCUCCGAGAGGAGAAUCCAGACUUCCAUAAGAGGAUCAUCCCUGUUAGCAGUGAACUAACACAGCCUGGACUCGCUCUGAGUGAUGAAGACGUACAGACGCUCACGCAGUCCGUCCACAUCAUCUUCCACUGCGCAGCCACCAUCCGCUUCGACGAGCCGCUCAAACACGCUCUGCAGCUGAACGUGAUUGCGACGCAGCAGAUCCUGUCUCUGGCUCAGCAGAUGCAGCAGCUUCAUGCGUUUAUUCACAUUUCCACCGCAUACGCCAACUGCAACCGCCGCCAUAUUGACGAGGUCAUCUACCCCCCACCUGUGGAGCCCGGCAAGCUCAUCCACUCACUGGAGUGGAUGGAUGAUGCAAUUGUCCAUGACCUCACACCGAGGCUGAUCGGUGAUUGGCCGAACACGUACACCUACACCAAAGCGCUGGCGGAGUGCGUGGUGCAGCAGGAGAGCGGGAAACUGAACGUAGGGAUCAUCAGACCCUCUAUCGUCGGGGCCAGCUGGCAGGAACCGUUCCCUGGCUGGAUUGACAACUUCAACGGACCGAGUGGUGUCUUCAUCGCGGCAGGAAAGGGGAUCUUGAGGACGAUGAGAGCCAGUAAUGAUGCAGUAGCAGAUCUGAUUCCAGUCGACGUGGUGAUCAACCUCACACUCGCCGCAGGGUGGUACACUGCAGUGCACAGACCGAAGUCUGCUAUGGUUUAUAACUGUACAACAGGAGGCAUUAACCCUUUCCACUGGGGAGAGAUCGAGCAUCACGUGAUGUUGACGUUUAAGCGGAACCCUCUGGAGCAGGCGUUCCGUCGACCCAAUGCUAACAUCACCUCAAACUACCUGAUUUAUCAGUACUGGAUCCUGGUGAGCCACAAGUUUCCUGCGCUCCUCUACGACCUGUUCCUGAGACUGUCUGGACAAAAACCACAAAUGAUGCGGAUCUUUAACAGGCUGCAUAAAGCCAUCGGGCUGUUGGAGUACUUCAGCAGUCAGGACUGGGAGUGGAAUUCUGACAACAUGAACAUGCUGAUGAACCAGCUGAGCACCGAGGACCGCAAGGUGUUUAACUUCGACGUGCGUCAGUUGAAUUGGCCGGAGUACAUUGAGAGUUACUGCAUCGGCACCAAGAAGUACGUACUGAACGAGGACAUGGCCGAUAUUCCCGCCGCCAGACAGCACUUGCGCAAGCUGAGGAAUAUCCGUUACACGUUUAACACGGUCCUGCUGGUCUUUAUCUGGCGAGUCUUUAUCGCUCGCUCUCAGAUGGCCAGAAACAUCUGGUACUUUGUCGUCAGUUUGUGCUUCAAGUUUCUAUCCUACUUCAGAGCCUCGAGUACCCUCACCAAAUAAAUAACAGCAUUCUACUGACCCAGUCUCUUCCAGUGAACCCUGUUCUUUCUCCACAUCCAUCUCCAGACUGUCUGUGUACUCCAGUAUAGACCAGACUGUCUGUGCUCAUGAGCAGAAACUAACGCACACUCCCAGUUUACUGCAGCAUUGUCCUGUCUGACCUCAGUCCAUUUUGAGAGUGUACCCUGGUCUGCCCCUUGUCCAAUCGAGAAUACCCUAGUCUGCCCCUAGUCCACUGCGGUGUACCCUGGUACCAGUGGUCUUCCUGCAAUCCACUCUAGUGUACCCUGGUCUGCCCCAAGUCCACUAGAAUCUACCUUGGUCUCCCCCCAGUCAUCUGCAGUAUACCCUGGUCUGCCUACAGUCCCACUUAAAUGUUCCCUGGUAUACCCCAGUCCAGUCAAUCAUACCCUGGUGUGCUCCAAGUCCAGUUGCGUGUACCCUGGACUUCCCUGCAUCUACUUGAGUAUACCCCCGUCUGCCCUCUAGUCUAACUAAGUGCCCUCCAGUUUGCCCAAAGUUUAAUUAACCAUAACUUGGUCUUCUUAAACAGACCCCACUUUAAUAUGUACCAGUAGUAAAGUCUGCCCCAAUCUACUAAAAUAUAAACCUCAUCUGCCCCAGUCUACUCGGGUAGACUGCAGUCUACCUUCAGUCUACUCUAGUUAACCCCUGUCUUUGUACACAUACCCCGUUCUGCCCCCUGUCUAUUCGCUGUCUACGAGAAUAUGUCUGUCUCUACUCUUCCCCAAUUUAUCUGCGGUAUUCCCAUCUGACUUCACUAAUCCCCCCCCCCCUUUCCUAUCUGCUCCAUUGUGGUUCAGUAUACCCCUAAACUUUGACUUUUUGCCACUUUGUCACCUGAUCCUUAGAAACUGGUGUAUUCUUACCAACAGAACACAGCAUUGUGCUGCCCAUGUGUAGCUCCACCUCCUGAUAAUCUCCUCCAGUCUUACUUUAAUUCAGAGACCAAUCUGAUAACGGUUCCCCAAAGUUUCAAUUCAAUUCAAUUCAAUUUUAUUUGUAUAGCGCUUUUUACAAUAGACAUUGUCUCAAAGCAGCUUUACAGAAAUAUCAACAUGGUCUACAGAUAUUAAAGGUGCGAAUUUAUCCCAACUGAGCAAGCCACUGAGUGGCGACGGUGGCAAGGAAAAACUCCCUAAGAUGUUUUAAGAGGAAGAAACCUUGAGAGGAACCCGACUCAGAAGGGAACCCGUCCUCAAGUGUCCGGCUGAGUCUACCCCAAGCGUCCCUGUCGGAGUUACUCGGGGUAUCUGAGGGGUGGGUGGGGGGUAAGUGGUGUGAUGUCACCGUGAGAGCAUCCACUGUUUUUAGAGCUUUUACUUCUUUUAUAAAAAGUGUUCGUUAAAAAAAAAAAAAAGAAAGAAAGAAACAGAUAUAUAUGCAACAGCCACUCUUAUUUUACCUUGCCUGUAUAUUUGUCAAUGUUCUCUGUUUAAUUAAUGAUAGAAUUAUUAUUAUUAUUAUUAUUAUUAUUAUAUAUUAUUCUUAAUUGUCCCGAGACAACGCCUUGAUUUAAAAAAAAAACAAAAAGCAAAAAAAAAAAAAUUUUAAUCAUGAUAGUGUUGAAAGACUUAUCGAAAUCCCUACGGUUCAGAAAGCUCUGGUUGUGUAUGCAUCUCUGUGUGUGUGUGCAGUAGGGGUCCAAAUGUCUGUGUUCACUACCGAGCGCUGUUUUUAUGUCAUCAGUUAUCAAACACUAAUAAACAUAGUUUCAACACACACACACACAGUCAUGUAAACUCCUAACAAUGUCGUAUGUUCAUGUCUAGCACUUUGAUCUUGACCUUGAUCUUUUUACUGGAAUAGUUGUGUUGAACUUAUAAAUUUUUUGGUAACUGAUGAAAGAAAACGGUUCUUUAUUUCUGAUUUAAUGCUGUUUAUUAUGCGCUAAAGCAGAUUUUAUAGCAGUAAUCAUUCUCAUUAAAUACCGGCGUGUUCAUACGCAGUUCUGCAGUAUUAGCACUAAAUGCUAAAGGCUGCGUGUUUCUGGCUCGAUCUGUACAAUUAACAGCUUAGCAUUCGUUUAUAUUUACAGUUUUUCUUUACGAUUUAUCAGAAAUACAACCGGAUAUACCUUUGGCUUGCUAAGCUAAUUUGCACUAAACAGUUGCACUUGGCAUGCUAGCUAAGUUAACAUUUUAAUGUGCAGAAUUUGUACAGUUUAGCAGAAAUAUAAUUUUUCCAGUGCUUCAUUAUUGCAAGAUAUUCAUCUUGCACCUUGCUAGCUUAGCUACCCUGUCAAGUUCUUACUGUAAAAUAUAACUGUCCCUAGUCCUAACUUGCAAGUUAGCAAUUUUAGAGUGUAAUUAUUGUAUUUUUUAUCAGAGAUUGGACUUCCCAUGAGUUUAGCUAACAAGUUUGUAAUGUAUACAGUUUUCACAAUAAUCCACGGUAUGAUUGUAUCCUUUAAGCUUAGCAAAUUUACAAACUAGCUCAAAUUAGCUAGCAUGGAAGUUUUCACUUUACAUUUUUUACCAGGAAUACAGUGUCCCAUGGCGUGUUAGCCUGUAAGCUCUUAUCAGAAGUCGAUGGUCGCUAACUUACUGCAGCAAUGUGGAGAGAAGGCUGAAGUAUUGUUUGAGAUGAUUGUAAUGUUUACUGAUGCACAGACUGCCCUCUGUUGAUACGAUGCCAAACAACUGCGUUUUUACACUUUUACUGUUUACUGUUCUCGAGUGUUUCGUGUACUGUUCAUUACCGAUAGAAGAUCUCUACACAGAUGCCAUAUUACAGUACAGAGCUCGUCUUCCUCCAUCCUGUCACGUGUUUUAAUGACAAGUUUAAAUACAAAGCCAGUGAAAAAUGAA